CUCACUGCUACAGCAUCUCGUUUUCCCGACCCGUUUCUGCCUCUCUCUGGUCCAUCGAAUCGAGGUCCCACCUUGUCUCUUCCAAGCAUGCUCAUUCGGCCUUGUGCUGCGUCCUCUUCCAGUUCACUAGCCAGGCUGUGUUGUGACCGAGGCCCGUGGCAAGCUGGACCUUCGCCAUUGAUAGCCUUACCUGCGAUCGCUACCGAAAUCCCACGCAACCUGAUAUUAAUUCAACGCCAUGUCCAAACAGUCCUCCAACAAAAAGCAGAAACGGGGCGAACCGUCAGACUCUGACACCGACGAUGAUCUGCAGCCGAUCCAUUUCUUUGUCCCGGGGGAGAAUAUCAACGCCGCAGUGUUGGUGGAUUACAUCACACAAUAUGUCGACCGGACUGCGAGGAUCACUUCAGCCCAUCACCCAACGGAUAAGUCGCGAACCGGGUUCAGCGUCCUCGCGAAGAAAACCCUCAAUGCUGUUAGCCUCCGCGAUAUCAUCAACGAUUCGAAAGAUUGGGAUACAGAGUCACAAAGCAAAAAGUUUCGGAAGGACCCGUAUCGAUAUGCGGACUCAGACACUGCACGGCGGCGUGCCCAUCAGGGCGCAUCGAAAGGCGGCACAGCUCGACCAGCACCGCGGCGAGAGUCAACGGCAGACUCGGAGACGUCCAGACGAGAUAAGAUGGCCAGUCCUACGAUGGGCAAUGUUCCUGCACAGUACCAGUAUCAAGGCUCGCAGACUCCAAAUCCAGCAGGAUAUUAUAAGGCUCCUCCAAGGCCAGAUUAUGGUUCGGGUAACUAUACCAUCUACAAUACAGUGAAUGCCACUUCUUACAGCGCCAACAUACCUGCGAACCCCGCUUCAUACUCGACGAGUCAAUACCAGGGUGGUUAUGCACCGCCACAGAAACCAUACUCGGAUCUUCCUCCACCUUCAUACGAGCAGGCCGCUCCAAGAGGGCCACCUCGACCCCAGACCCCAGGUCAGCCCGACCCAGACACAUUCGAUAGAGAAGAGAAACCAAGGAGGGGACACGCUGGGGACGCUCCUGCCUCUCGUCAGGGCUCAGUCGUAGCGGGAGAUGACCCGGCUCGUUCAUACAAUCCUCAAAGCCGUAGGCAGCCACCUUACGAUGAGACAACGCGCAGAUCUAGCCAUCGAUAGCCGGUGUGGAGUAGAUCAUACCAGAAUUUGAUGGAUGCAAACCAAGGUUGCAAGCAUGAUGAAAAGAUGGCAAUAGAAACUUGCUGGUGACAUGUCCGAUCACACCAACUUCGUCCAUCGCAAGGCCCGGUUGUCUGCCGAUCGAUUUUUUUUUCUUGAAAGCGGUAGUACAACUCAAUCAAAGUUCCGACUUGCGUUCAUGACUGUCAACUUGAUGGAUGCGCAUCUAGGCGGUGCGGAGAAGUAUUUGUGUUUUGAAGUCGUGUGUGUACCUCUUUGUGUCUUGGGUGUGCAUUGUCAAAGGAGUCGCUCGCUUGUUCUUUGGCAUCGGAUAUGAUGUGAUAUAUCUUGGAGCACGGCUAUUGGCAUGGAGGUGAUUGAUGGCGGUUCAUGCUUCUCGAAAAUGGUACACUUGACCCCAGCAUAGAUCGUGAGAUAC